UGACACGUGCGCCAUAUAAAAGCAAUGAACUGGAUUCGAUAUCUGGACUUGUUCUACCAUCUGUGAAACCAUCAUCAAAAAAACAGAAUGACCCUGACGAAGGUCGUUCUGCAACUGGUCCUGCUGGUGGCCAUCGUCUUUUCUAGUCCUAUUCCCCGUGCGGAAUUGGGGCAAUUCAAAGCUGGAAGUCGCGUGGACGGCGAUUACCGUCUUCCAAACAACACUGUUCCUUUGAGCUAUACUAUCGAACUAACCCCGUAUAUAGUCGUGAAUAAUUUCACUUUUGAUGGUAAAGCUGUCAUAGACCUCGAAGUCUUGCAGGCGACGUCGAGUAUCACUCUGCACUCAAAUGCGUUAACCUACAACGAAGGUCUUACAACGCUCGUAAAUGAAAAUGGCACAUCUAUCAAUGUUACUAGUCACACUUACGACACGACUGAACAAUUUUUAAUUAUUGGUGUUGCAAGUCCGCUCCCGAUCGGAAACUACACACUCAGUUUUACAUACGUCGGUGUACUGGAUGAUGAUAUGUAUGGGUUUUACAGAAGUUCAUACACCAAUGCAUCGGGUGAUACAGUGUGGCUUGCCACUACACAAUUCGAGCCUACAAGCGCUCGCCGUGCUUUUCCAUGUUACGAUGAGCCAGCGUUGAAGGCAACAUUUGCUAUCUCAAUCAAGCACGAACCUGAGCUCCAUGCACUUUCCAAUAUGCCUAUCAAUCAGACGUACGAGGACGCAACCGAUGGAAAAAUCUGGACUGUUUUCGAAACUACUCCUAUAAUGUCCACUUAUUUGAUUGCUUUCGUAGUCUCGGACUUCAUUGCGAUAAAAAGUGACGACGAAGCAUACAACGUUUGGACUAAGCCCACCGCUAUUGAUCAGGCACAAUACGUUUUCGAUAUAGGACGUAUAGAAUUGGCGGAGCUCGAAAAUUACACAAACAUCUCUUACAUGCUACCAAAAAUGGACCAGAUUUCAAUACCCGAUUUCUCAGCCGGUGCCAUGGAAAACUGGGGUCUCGUCACGUAUAGGGAGAGCAUGUUUCUGUAUGAAGAAAACGUCAGUACACUCUCCACAAAACGAAGUAUAGCGACGGUGAUUUCCCAUGAGUUUGCUCAUCAAUGGUUUGGAAAUCUCGUGAGUCCUGCCUGGUGGAAGUACCUUUGGCUGAAUGAAGGUUUCGCAACUUAUUUCCAGUACUAUACGACGGACGCAGCGGAAGAUAACUGGCGCUUGAUGGAGCAAUUCGUAGUCAUAGCUCAGCAAGCCACUGCGUUUGUUAGCGAUGCCUCAGCAACCUCUCAUCCGAUGAACCAAGAUGUGGCAAGUCCGAGUGAAAUCAGCGCCAUUUUUGACAAUGUAUCAUACAGAAAAGCUGCCUGCGUGAUUCGUAUGAUGUCGCACUUUUUGACGGAGGAAGUCUUCAAAGCUGGACUUACCAAGUAUUUGAAUAAGAUGGCGUACAGCGCAGCCACCUCGGAUGAUCUCUUCGAGUCUCUACACGAGGCUGAGAGUGAGGCAUAUAUACUUCCAACGCUGGUCUAUGUUGCUGAUAUCAUGGAAACUUGGGUGGAGCAGAUGGGGUAUCCAGUCGUAACGGUGACUAGAAACUACACCACAGGGACAACAGAAAUCACUCAAGCGCGUUUCUUGCUUGGAGAUGCUGAUUCGAGCGAUACACACGAUUACAAAUGGUGGAUUCCCAUAAACUGGGCAGUCCAAUCAAGUCCUGAUUUCAGCUCGACUGUUGCCGCAGACUGGAUUCGUAGCCAGGACGAAAGCAUAAUAAUCAGCAGUUUUAAUGCGAGCGGAUGGGUCAUCUUCAACAAACAACAGACAGGCUACUACCGCGUCAACUACGAUGACACGAAUUGGGGAAUGAUCGCGGAUUACUUGAACAGCGAUAACUACUUGGCCAUCCAUGUCCUCAAUCGAGCUGCGCUCAUAGAUGACGCUCUCAAUUUGGCUAGAGCAAACCUACUUUCUUAUUCAGUUGUGCUGGAUGUCACUCUUUAUUUACAACAUGAGGUUGACUAUGUCCCGUGGUACGCCGCAUUUACUGGCCUCUCCUACCUUCACCGAGUAUUCGCGAAUACAGACGAAUACGAAUCGUUCAGGACCUACUUUGCCUUCCUGACUAGCAAAGUUUUCGAAACAAUUGGUAUCGAGGAGUCUUCCGAUGAUGAACACAUGACAACUUUAAACAGAGUCAAUGUCAUAAGCUAUGCCUGCAAUUUCGGCCUCCAAAGCUGCAGGUCUAAUGCUGAAGAGAAACUCAUCAGCUGGCUUGAUAAUUCAACGGUCAAUCCAAUCGCCCCAAAUUUGUUAACCAACACAAUUUGCGCGGGGCUACGUGGUGCAAAUUCCACAACAUGGAAUAGAGCUCUAAGCAGAUAUCUGACCACCGAAUCUUCUACCGAGAAAACUGCACUAUUGGCUGGUCUUGGGUGUUCUGAAGACGAAAGUAUCAUUAAUAACUGGAUGAGUGCGAUUAUCAAUUCCACGACUGGAUUAACUACUUCAACUUCCUCGUCGGCUUUCAUUUACGUUUAUCAAGGAAGUCCAUACAAUGUGGAUCGAGCUUUCGACUUUCUCGUUGCUAACGUGAACAACAUUGUCUCAUACUUUGGCAGUAACUCGACAGUUCAGACAUUCCUCACAGGUACCGCUUAUCGAAUGACGACCCAGACUCAGCUGGACAAGCUGAACGCGUUCAUCACAGCUCAAUCCGCUAUCCUUGGUACGGCAGCCGCGACAGCUAUCGCAAAUGCUGAGUCGAACAUCGCAUGGAAUACGGCUUAUGAGGCGGAGGUCAGAACUUGGCUCGUCGCAAAGCUGGCCGAAUUAGAAGCUACUACAACGGAGAUCGAAGGAACUACCGAGGAACAUUAUCAUGAGAGUUCCGCUGCUACUGCAUCUUUGAACUUCUUCGCAGCAGUACUGAUUUUCGUCUGCCUUUUCCAGAUAAAUUAGAAGUACUCAUUGUAUGCAGACGAUGAAUGAUUGAGACCUUUAAAAAUCAUGACCCGACGUUGUUUCGAGAAGACUGGUUAACGUUGAAUAAUCACUACAUUCGUGAGAUUUUCAGUGAACGUUGGGGUUCUACUACAGUCUGAAUGUAACUACUCAUCACGAAGCCUUUAUACAGUAUUUCAACAAUAGCGUUAUACUAUUAAAAACU